CCCGCAUCAUCGAUGAUUCACUUUCCAUUGUGCAUGUCUUGAUUUUAAACUGUAUGGUGAAUGAUUAUCGAGUGUAACAACACAAAGUUCACGGGUUUAGUAAAGAGUAGAUUUCAUUCUGUAAGUUUGCAGAGAUGAUGUCCGUGUCAGUUCGGUCCCUUGUGCGGUGUGUAAAAUUCCGCUGGGUCUCAGAGCGAAUCCGUUAUGGCGGAUGUUGUUUGCGUGUAGUGAAUCAGGUCCGGUUUUAUCACGGGAACAGCAGCACGGCGGUUCGAGACCCCGGGCCCAUGCACACGGUGGAUCUGCGCAGUGACACGGUGACUGAACCUGGAGCAGCCAUGCGCACUGCCAUGGUACAGGCCAGGGUCGGUGAUGAUGUGUUCGGGGAAGAUCCCACCGUAAAUGAACUGCAGAAGGUGGCAGCUGAUAUGUUUGGCAUGGAGGCAGCUUUGUUUGUACCCACAGGAACCAUGAGCAAUUUGAUAGCAGUCAUGGUGCACUGCAGAGAGAGGGGGGAUGAGAUGAUAGUGGGAGAUCUCUCUCAUCUGCACAUCUAUGAGCAGGGAGGGAGUGCACAGCUUGCUGGUGUACACUCCACCACACUCACGACUCUGGCUGAUGGAACGUUCGAUCUGGAGCAGCUGGAAUCAAAGAUCCGCCAUGGCUACCCUGAUGAACACUAUCCCCGCUCACGGCUGGUUUGUUUAGAAAACACACACAACAUCAUGGGUGGACGUGUUCUCCCUGUCUCCUUCCUGCAGCAGGUGCGCUCUAUAGCAGAUAAGUAUGGACUUGCUGUGCAUAUGGAUGGUGCUAGGGUGAUGAAUGCAGCAGUGGCACUGGGUGUGCAUCCCUCUGUCUUACUCAAACACUGCCACACGGUCAGUGUGUGUCUAUCUAAGGGCUUAGGAGCACCUGCUGGGACCAUGCUUGCUGGGUCUAAAGAGUUCAUCCAGAGAGCAAUGCGUGCUCGUAAAGCACUGGGAGGUGGAAUGCGCCAGUCAGGCUUUUUAGCAGCAGCUGGAAAGAUCGCCCUUGUGGACAUGAUGGCUAGACUGGAGGAGGACCACAAAAAUGCCAGGACCUUUGCCAAAGCUCUGACCCAGUGUGAUCCUCCUUUGUACCAUGUGGACUUGUCUUCUGUUGAAACCAACAUAGUGCGCUUUAGUUUGCGAGUUCCUGGGUUGAGUCCGGCUCGUUUCUGUGAGCUGAUGGAGGAGGUGAGCAAGGAGGAGGUUGCUGCUCUGAACAAGGGAGUGCGUGUGCUUAUGUUUCCUCAUGUCGGGGGUACAGUAAGAGCUGUGUGGCACCUCAAUGUCAGUGAGGAGGACACGCAGCUGGCUAUAAAGAAAGCUCAGUUUGUGGCACGACAGUUUGAGUUGAAAUCAGCAGAAAGUACAUGAAAGCAAGCGAAAAAUCUUCAAUCAUCUUUAUUGUCUACAUGUUGCAAGACAUUUUGAAUCAAGACGUGUUACAAGAUAUUUUGAACUAAAUAAGCAAACAUUUGUAUUACACUCCAGCACUUUAAACUCAAUCCACAUCAAUUACAUUUCACUUGUAUAGUAGUAAUUUAUAUUUUGAUUGGAAUAGUGAAUUUCAAUUAUAUAAAGCUUACAAAUCCUUCAGUCCUGAUUUAUAAAAGCAACAAUUUAUAUGGAUUUGAAAUAAAACAGAAUUUUAAACAUUG